AGCAGCCGCAUCGGAAAUUUCAAGGUGGGCAGCUCCACGGCAAUGGUGCGUGUCGUGCGAUUGCGCCGCAAAUGCGCGGUCUUGGACCUUCUAUUCGGUGCGAUUGUGUUCGCCACGCUACUGGACAUUUCGAGGACUAAGGAUGUCUUCGAAGACGCCGAGACAGAACUCACGGUCACCCUGCGAGCGGGCGGUAUCGAGUGUUUUCACCAGCCGGCAAAAGUCGGUCAAGUACUCGAAGUAGAAUAUCAAGUCCUCGACGCCAACUUUGGCAACAUGGAGGUGCAGCAGAACAUGGACAUAAACUUCGUCCUCAAGUCGCCGACGGGUGAGGAGCUCAUCAAGGAGCAAUCCCGUACAGAGGCCAUUCACAGGCACGAGGUGAAAGAACUCGGCGACCACACGAUGUGCUUCGACAACAGUAUGUCGACCGUGUCCAGCAAGACGGUCUACUUUGAGGUCUACGUGGACAAGACGGGAGGAGGAAGUCAGGAGGAGGAUGAGUGGGACGGUGGCGAUAUUCCCUACUCACCUGAGCUUGUCUACAACGACACCUACAAGGAUAUCAAGGCGACCAUCAAGAAGGUGCACGAGAACUUGAACCAGGUGACGCACUACCAGGACACCAAGCGCGCGCACGAGGCGCGUGACCGCAACGUGCAGGAGCACAACUUCACCCGCGUCAACCAGUUCUCCAUGCUCGUCAUCGUCGUCAUGCUAGUGGUGGGUGCCGUGCAGGUCAUCAUGGUUCGGAGCCUCUUCGAGGAGCGCAGCCGUCUGCGCAAGAUCUUCCAGUACCUCUCCUGACAACGGGACCAUCGCGGUUGUCCUCGUGCCUUUGUUUCUUUCUCAACCUUGUCUCUUUCUCCCCGAGAAACUGAGUCUGUGACCUCGAAACGGUCUUCUUUUUAACCGAGAGUGCCGGUGUAGCGUGCUGUCAAUUUUUUUUUCCUUUUAAGCUUGAGCUCUUAAAUGUGUUCGCUCGCUUGCCACCAAGAUAGGAAAGCCCACCGCACUCACUCAUAUUUGUUUUUGCUCACGCUGGUGCGUGCUUUCGUCUCGUUGUAUUUGCCGGUGCGUCUAUUGGGAUGCUUUUCUUCUCGGCACUCAAAACGAAGAAAGACAGUAGUCUCUCAAUUUAGGCCUACUUUUCUAGCUAGUGUUUCGACUCCUCCUGCAUCCCUUCAACGAAGAAAAAAAUUUAUCUAGCUAUAGGCCAUUUCUUUCUCUCUCUCUUUCUCUUUGUUUUCUAAACUGUGAAAAAGGUGUUUCGGAGAAAGUCUGGUCAAGAGAGGCAUUUUUUUACUUGUUGAUAUUUUGAUGCCACUUAACCGCUGCUAGUCGAUACAUGCAGCAAGGCCUUUGCGUUUGCUACGUUAAUACUUCAUUUUCAUACUCUCCUGUCUUUCCCUUGUUAUUCUUUUUUUAGACUUAUACCAAAAAGAAAUGUUUUCCAAGCCUGUACAAUAGCUUUCGCAUACUCUGUUGCCCGAAGUUUUAUGCUGCACUGGUAGCAUAUUAUGUUUAUUACGUCUGCCCUGUACUGCAGUCUUACGCUCUCGAGUGUACCCCGGUUAGGCAGUUUAUAUACGAAGAAUAGAUUCUUAGGCGAUCAAGUAAUUCAUUAUAAAGUGCUUAACGAGAAACAAGAGCCUAGAAGGUGACGGUACGACCUCUGAUAUUGUCGAAUUCUUGUCUACUGUUCCUCAGUUUUAGCGUUUUAUUUUGUCACAUGUGUGCGUUCAUACACACUCAUACAAUGGUGUAAGCAAAGGCAAGUAGCCCAGGCGUGGUUAGCACCAUUUCCUAUGCAGGAGUGUGGCUAUGGAGAAUCACCGAUAUGCAAGAGUCACGCUGUGUACACUUUCAUAGGCAUCGUGCAACUACAAUACUUUCUAAAUGUGUGCAACGCAAAUUACUGGCUCGGAAAAUACUUGCAUAUGCUACCACCAACCGUGUCGUAGUUGGACUUCUUGACUCUGGUAGCAUUUUGUUUCAGGCAUCCGAGCGUAUGUUAUAAAGAAAAAAAAAAGAAAUGCCGGCCCUCCCACAUUUUAGUAGAAAUAGAGUGCGGUAACCGAUGGGCCAAAUGCACAUUAUGACGGCAUCACUCGGGAAAAUGAGUCUAUGUUGCAUUCAUCGAAAUGCGCCGGCAUCAACUGGGCUUUUUUGUCGAAGCGAGAACGGAUGAGUGGUUUAAGCCUAGGUGUGAAUCGGAAAGGCAGGGUUAUGUUAGUAUUUUCUGUCUUCAAGCCUUUUACUAUUUUUCUUUUGUUAUGUGUUAGCUUUUCAAUCAUUAUGUUGUGAUUGCCUUGAGUGUCUGUUUGUGAAGCAGCAGUUUCCUACAUUCCUUUUAUUUGUGGCCAGCCAGGAUAUUGGUAGGCAGUAUGCCAUUUUUUAACCUUUUCUCUUCUCUUCAAUUUCGUCCAAACGCUGGUCAAUGUGGGCAUUGUACUUUUGAAAGCUUCUCGUCUUGCCAUUUUCCUUUAAAUGAAUUUUCCUAACCACGAUUAGGCAGAGCCAGAGCACAAUGUUUUCCCAGUAAGCUUGAGUCGUAAUUCUGCAUUGCUUAUUAGAAAGUCUCAGCUCUCAAUGCGAGUGUAUUAGUAUUAGCGAUUGACAUCAGUAGAAGUUGGCAACGUCAGCGUCCGUGGCAACACCCUGUGAUAAAGUGCUGAAGAAAAACGCACAGCAAGUACUCAAGUUUCCCUACAGUUCUUAAAGUUAAAAACCUAAACUGCACUUUUACAAAAACCACUGCGAGAACAGCGGCAGGUCAACAUAGAAUGCGGCUCUGCAUUGCGAAAAGAAAGUGGUUGGAUGCUACUCGAGUGACAAGAGUGUCACGCGAAAGUGUUGCUAACACUGGCACAUUGGUCUAGCCUUUGCAAUAAAGAGAGAUUUAGCACAGUGAAGGUUAUAGUAGCUAUAGAACGUACUUUUUAAACUACAAUGUAAUACAUGACAAAUUGCAUUUACUUUGCAUAGCUCCUGUUUCUGCAAUGACUUAAAGAUGAAAUGAAAACAAGUGCUUUAUAAAUGUUGCCACUUGUUUGUACAGUGCAGUGCAGUUGCCCUUUACAACAUCUCCUAAUGCGUGCUUUUGUUUAAACGGAUAUCACAACAUGCCACCACCAGCACUGCCAUUCAGAUCUACGCUUUUGUGUGCUUUGUACAUGCUUCCACUAAUGUAUAUCUGUUAUCCUAAAGUUAUGCUCCACAUAGCUAUGUCUAAAGCUCUUCAGCUGUGCCAUAGCAGUGCAAAUGUACUGCGCGCAUGUCAGCAUUUCGAGACUGCAACUUCAGUGGCAUUAGUAACUAGCGCACACCCACUCUAGUUACCACUGGUCGAAGUUCACGUACGAACACACGUGCAAAAAGAGGCAGCUGGUAAGGCCAGUGAUUUUGUGGCUGUACGCGCGAUGUAUAUAGGCCUUAUUUUUUGUUCAGCUGGUAGCUUACAUUCGCAGUCAUAUCCGUACCUACAGUUUGAAUCUGUGUGGCACUUAUGCACGUUUACAGUGUAUUGUCAAAUUUUUUGCCAUGUAUAUUUCCUGUAAACAGAGCAUUUCAUACGAUUGUUCCAGUUGCAUGAAUUUAGUAAAAAUGUGCAUCAAAUGAAUAGCAUUUGUGCGAGGGUAGCUUCCGAGGGUGUCAAAAUGUCAAAUCCCGAGAAACCAGUGGCUUUUCGUCUUUGGAAGCUUUAGCUCUUGCAUUUGGCAAGUCAAAGCUAUGCGAUUUUGUGCAUUUUUAUUAUACAUUGUUACGUAAUGAUAGGAAAAGCUGUGAGACGCAGCCUAAAUCAGCCGUGGGCUCUGUGUAUUGGCAUUAAUUCGAAGUUUGAAAUUGUGAGUAGAUGGAAUGUUACACAUCUUAUGAAGUGUAGUCACACCGUUUUCUGUGUCCGUAAAAGAUUGAAGAAACUUGAGUGCAGCCACUAUAUUUUGUGUUGUAGCUCAGCAUUGUUGGUUUAAUUCAGGCUUCUUGGAAAUCGGGCAAGCUGUGCUAAUGAACCUUUGUGAUUACACUGCACUCAAUGUAAAAAAUGGUUUUGAAAGGAGCGAGCAUUUUCUAAAGAAGCACUCCAGGCAAAGGUGGAUGGUCUGCUCACAAUGGCAACACAGAAACUGUUUGAGAGCAUCCUGUUGCCUUUGGUUUUGCUGGAUCGUACUUUGGAAGCCGCUCAACAGAGUACUCCAAUGGUACACUAGCAGUGCAAGCCGGUAGUACUACUGCUAAAUACAGCACAGUACAAUUCUCACUUUAUACAGUAGUAUUGAUUGAAUUCACUCAAAAUUACCCAGUACACGGCGACAUGUGAACUGGAUUUUCUAAAUGUGAUGACGGUUUUAAAUGCUUCUUUUUUUUUUUUUUUUUGCACCAUGCAAGAACUCUACACUUUUAAAAGCAUCGUUUUACCACGCAAAGGUGCGCCUCUGUGCGCCAUUCUAUUACUUUACCGGGACACCAAGUUCUAGUAGAGUCAUGGAAUAGCAGUGUUUCAAAGGUUCCACAAGCAGGGCAUUAAUUAAGAGCGUCAACAUGCGGCAAAAUCAAACCAUAGAUAGUGUCAAAGGUAAGGCAGCUGUAGACUGCUCAGCUGGCAUGGACACUAUGAAUGUGUAAACACUUUUGGCUGAAGGAGGCAACAUAAAUGACGGUGCGUUACCUUUCAUAGUAAAUAUUACUUUUCAAAGUGUUACAUACAAAAAUGAAUUUUGAAAGCUUUGCUUUUCCCCAAAGAAAAGCUUUUUACUGUUUUUGUUUUCCUUCCAACUGUUCAAGCAAUGUUAAAAUAUCAAACUACACUCUAAAAGGAGUUUACACUGUUUGAGGUGCACUUUGUGCUCACACAGUGAGCGCCCCCUCUUGCUCGCAUUUUUUUCGGAAACUCUGUGCUCGUUAGUGUCCUGUAAAGAUUGCUCCAUUUUGCUGAUAUACCAUGCCACUAGUGACAAAGUUCUGGGUGUGGAACAUUAUUGAAAAGGAACUUGCCCGAGACAUGUUUGGAGAUGAGAACAUUAUAAAGAUGCAAAUGAUUUUUUUACGUGUAAACGGAAUACAAGCACGAGCAAGACUUGUUACAUUUGCCAAUCAAAGUUUCGAAAGGCAGAAGGACAACUAAUUGGGGAGGGUUACUCCUAGUCAUGUACUAUAACGUUACCGACUGUGACAAGAGGCACGCUAGCACGUAAUGUGCUUUUGUCUAAUUAUGUUCAUGAAGAAUCUUUUUUACUGUCCCAAUCAUCCCAAGGCAACCCUCCCAAGCAUGGGCAUUAUUAUUCAUGUUAGAUGUCCCAGCCACUUGUGGAUAUUAGACAAAGUGAGAUGCAAAAACCAGAAAACAAACUAGAAAACACAUUUUACUCAAUACAUACUUUCAGCAGUAUGAGCGGUGGUUUAGGUUCGAUGUUAGCAUGCUCUGCUACACCACGAUCAGGUGCAGAUAUUUGAAGUAUUUAAGCAUGAAGUGUUUUUGUUCUAGAAUGUUAUUACUCACAGUGAGCGACAGUCUAUAAUUACUCGCCACGUGUGAUAUGAAAUGAGAUACGCAAGCGUGUGCAGAAAAGCUUUGCUCAUCACAGGUUUUUGAGACAUUAUGGUCUUUUGAAUGAACAUGUCUAUGUUCCCUGUCAAAUUGCAGGAUAGGGAACAUCAUUUACGCAUUUGAUUCGUGUUACUCAUUUGUUUGUUUUUUUUCAUCUGGUUACGCAGUCUUUCCUUUUUCCUGCACAUUGAGCGAGAAUACAACAGGGAUACGAAUGUACCACUUUAAAAUACAACUGCCUCAGCAGCAAAUUUUAUGCACCAUUUUUUGUUUUUUGGGCUCGUCCUUGCGCUACCUUUUCAUUUCGCAUGUGUACAUUCUGUCCGCAUCUGAAGAAUUGCACAAACUUUGUGUAUUUUUUUCACAUGGUUAAAAAGUGCAACUGCCUUCAGAAUGUCUUGUGCAUUUGGAAUAGUUUUCAUUUCAUUUUUAUUUUCUGUUUAGAAAAAAGCAAUGUCACUGUAUACAGGGGACUUUCUUUCGGCUUGUGUUGCUGUGCAUAUUUUUUUUGCUAGUUUAGUUGGUAGAAAAACCACACUGUUUUGCAGUGAAUGCUCUGCUGUAUAGAAACAUUAGUCUUGAAAGCUUACUCAAAGAUGCUCAGAGAGUCAGUUGCAAUUUCAAAUUUCUAGUAAACAAAGGUGUGAGCAAUUUUCCCAUAGCGUAUUCCAGGCCAGAAUAAUGCAACAAUUCCUUUCCUACUUUAUUCCUUUUCAUUCCUUUGCUGUGAUGAUUGGCCUGUAGUAAAGAAUGACGAAUUGAGCCUAAACAAAAUGCUCACAUUACUGAUCCUGUUUUGUGUAACAGAAUUUUAGCUGCAUUAGCCUCAAGUGUUUGUACAAGAGAUGUGCACAUCGUUGCCAAACAUCUGCUAACUCUUACAGAUGCUCCGUUUGAACAUUAAGACAAGCGAGGUUUUCAUCUUUUGAUGAUUUAAGGCAUUCUAUAAAUUCAUUACUUUAGUCAUCUUGCAUGAGCAAUUGUGGCAAUUCGAUGUAUUCAUGCGCUGCAAAAAGUGAAACAUUUCACAAAAACUAAAACUAACGCCAUGAUUUUGAUGGCAAAAGAAACUUGAAAUAGGCCCCGACUUUCUGGUUAUCCGGUACUGUGGAGAGACUGACAUACCAAAGAUGAUUGGAAAUGUGCGACGGGUUGUAGCAGUGCCCACGAAAGUAUGUGCAGUGAUAGCAGCGGCCAUCAUUUGUCGUUACAAAGUUCUUUGUUUUGUUGACAUUGCAAUAAACUCUGUGAUUCGCACCACA